CACGUGUGACUGUCAGAAGUAUCAGCAGCAGCAAGUUAAUUGUAAAUUUUGUGUGCUGGAAAAAAAUAAAUUAACUAAAGAUGAACAAAGUAAAAACACGACUGUCAAAAACUGGCGAUAUUGUCGCAUACAGCGAAGGCGCCAUACGCAACAACAUUUCGGCUGUCGAAUAUUGUCGCACCUCAAUGGCUGCCAUCUCAGGCUGUGCUGCUGGCAUCUUGGGAUUAAGUGCCACACUUGGCUUCUUGUUCUACUUUAUAUCGGUAUUUGUGCUCUGGAUAAUGGUGCUGAUGAAGUCAGGCACACAGUGGCGCAAGUAUUUCAUUAAUCGUAAAAAUCUACUGACGAACCAAUUCCUUGGCGGCCUUUGCACCUACGUGCUAUUCUGGACGUUCUUGUAUGGCAUGGUGCACGUCUAUUAGAAACCUCCCAACAUCAACUAGACAAAUAAACAUAGCUUAAGUUUGUGGCAAAAAGGA